UAUACUUCCGUUUUUCUCCCGAAACUUUCGCUCCCCAAUCCCCUCCAUUUCUCUCUCUCUUCACGUUUUGGGUUUGGGAUUCUGUGGCUUUGUGGGAAAGAUCUUCCCCAUGAAGCCCCAUGAAUCCACAAAGAUCUCAAUCUCCGCCACCCCAGAAUCCAGUUUGAUCCCUAAUUCCAGCAAAUUCCCUUCCCUGUUUUGACUCGUGAUUUUGACUCCGCGAUGGCCCGGGACCCCCUCUUUCAAUCGCCAAAGUUGACUCGGCCGCCGCCCCGAGAGAAGCGGCGAGUCGGAGAAGUGGCCGGAGGCGCGGCAGCCGAGUGUGCGGCGGUGUGUUGCUGCUGCCCGUGCAGUGUAAUGAAUUUGCUUAUAUUGGCGGUGUACAAGGCCCCGAAGGGGCUGUGCAUGAAGGCCUGGGCCCACACGAAAAAGAAACGACGGUGCGCGGUUCAGAAGAAGGGACGGCUCGGCGGCGGUGGCGACGACGACGACGGGAAGAGAGCGAGCAGCUGUACAGAAGGUGACGGAGAGAAGAAGAGCAACGCCGAAACCGAGGGCGCUGAUUUGUUGGAGAAGGAGAUGUGGGACCGAUUUCACGGUGCCGGAUUUUGGAGGAGUGCUUCCCGGAGAGAAUCGUGACGGAUGUCGUUUUGGGACUGUCAUGUCGUUUUCAUUUGGUAAUGAUUCUGUGGCAUUGUGCGAAUUUGGAAUUUAUCCUAGAGGAAUUGGAGAUGUCGUUUUCUUGGAGGGAUGGGAUGACAGAGAACAAAUUUUUAUAUCAUUUUCUGUACCAUUUUCUGUACCACAUGACACGUGUGGCGGUUGAUGACCAGAAUGAUCUAAAAAAAUAGAUAAUCCAAAAACGUUCAUCGUAUGUUGUAAGAUUAUUUUUUAUUUACAUUUUGCGUUUAAUUUUAUAUAAAAAAUAUAAAAUAAUUUCAGAUCAAUUGAACGAAAACAAUUAAGUGAUUUUCAAGAUCCUUA